CCGACCUCCUCACCCCUACCCACCAUCACCGACUCACCGAGCUCUCUUCCUACCUCUCUGCUAUCUCUCUCGGCACGCACGCGCGCGAGCUCUCCUUCCUCGUCGAGGUGCAUUGAUGGCGACCGAAGUGGCUGAGGCUCCGGUGCCGCUGGCGGAGGCGGCCCCCGACGCCGCAGCGGAGGCCCCCGCCGCGGCCGCGGCCGCGGCCGCCGGCGACGCGAAGCCGGCCAAGGCCAAGAAGCCCGCCGCGCCGCGGAAGCGCGCGAACCCGACCCACCCACCCUACGCUGAGAUGAUCUCGGAGGCGAUCACGUCGCUCAAGGAGAGGACGGGGUCGAGCCAGUACGCGAUCGCCAAGUUCGUGGAGGACAAGCAGAAGGCCAAGCUGCCUCCCAACUUCCGCAAGCUGCUGCUCGUGCAGCUGAAGAAGCUCGUCGCCGCCGGCAAGCUCACCAAGGUCAAGAACUCGUACAAGCUGCCAGCGGGGCGCGCCCCGGCCGCCGACGAGCCCAAGGCCAAGCCCAAGGCCAAGCCUGCUGCCGCCAAGCCCAAGUCGAAGCCGAAGCCUGCCGCGAAGAAGCCCAAGGCCGCCGCCAAGCCCAAGGCCAAGGCGCCCGCCAAGGCUAAGCCCGCCGCGAAGCCGAAGCCGGCCGCGAAGCCCGCGGCCAAGCUGAAGGCAGUGGCUGCGAAGCCGAAGCCAGCCGCCAAGCCGGCUGCCAAGCCCAAGCCCAAGCCCAAGCCAGCCGCCAAGCCUAAGGCCAAGGCGGCCGCCAAGCCCAAGGCCAAGGCUGCUGCUGCCAAGCCCAAGCCCGCGGCCAAGAUAAAGGCCCCAGCCACGCCGUCCCGGACGACCCGCCCCGCCAAGGCGGCCAAGACGUCGGCCAAGGACACUCCGGGGAAGAAGGCGGCUCCGGCGGCCAAGAAGCCCGCGGCGGCAGCCAAGAAGUCCCCUGCCAAGAAGCCUGCUCCGGCGAAGAAGGCGGCGGCCCCGGCGAGGAAGGUGCCGGCCCGGAAGGCGAAGAAGUAGAGCGGUCGGCGUCAGUGGAAAUGUGGAAUCUAGGCUUUCGUUCUCGUUUGGUUCUUCUAGACGUUUCUCCGUUUUUUUCCCCUCCUCCCUUAGUCGCGGGGAUAUCAGGUGGACUAGCUUGUAAAUUUGAUAUGGAGCGGGGGUACAGUGGCCAUUCCGUACCCAUGGGGAAAAGAAAGAACGGAGACGAUGACGAUGACGACGAGGAGUUUGUUAGGGGCUGUAUUUUCUGUAGCUGAUAUAGGUGUUUGAGGUCCGCAUUGUGUUGUUAAAGUUUUAUUAUGUGGUGAUAGUAUUUUGUCGAGAAUUACUAUAUUCACUGUGAUCUGGUCUGAAUUCCAGAUCUGAAAUACUAAUCUCUGUUUCAGAAUA